AUGUCGGACGCACAAGGCCCUUCACGUCCCAGCACCCCAACUACUACUGAGAUAGUGAUUCACCACGUCGCCAGCCCACAGGCACCAAAGGAACCAAAAUCAAGGAUCCUCGGGUACCUACAGCCCACAGUCUACAAGCCGGAGGCUGACGACAUGCCGAAGGCACCUAAAACAAUACUGGAUGCACUCAUCCGUGCCGGGAUUUGCAAGUGCACUACGAAGCCCAAGGGAGAGAGCACCGAUGUAAAGUAUUCAGCACCGCGGAAACUGACCGUCAGUGUCGUCGAUGGCAAGACUGAUCGGGUUAUUCAUAAGUACGUACCUACCCGCCUCCUAAUGGGCAUAUCGGCCAGGGCAGCAGAAAUACUUGAAGCCAAGCCAUGGGCGGGUAAGUUCAAGAUUCACGGGAAGUAUGAGCCAGCGGCUAUGAACAGUGUAAUCUACGCUAUUAUCCUAUCGCAGAAGAUGCCCGUCAACGCGGACUUGACUGCAAAUCUGCUCAAGUACGAAGCGUGUCUGCGUCUUGGCAUUCCCAGCACGCAUAGCUCAGUCAAGCCUCUGCUCACUGCAAUCAAUACCCAGAUCUCGACUACAACCAUCACAUCUGAGGUCUUGACGUUCAUUGCGUACCAUCUCGGCUCCCAGGACCCGGUGUUCACGCACAUGGCGAACGUGCUGUGUCACCAGCGGUUCAAGGGCGCUGUGGAGGAUGUCAAAGCGUGUGGAAAGAUGGUAGCCAGAAAGCCGGCGCUGCAGAAAGCCAUGGUGCACAUCGACCAAGCGCACGAAGCGCGCCGCGAAGCCAUCAACGCCUCGAAGCGAAAUCGGACGAAGAAGAGUGAAGACGAGUCUGGUGCCGAGUCGCUUGUAGGAGCGACACUCAAGAACAAGGCGGCGAUAGCUGAGGAACAUGAAGCGUGAGAAGACGGAGAAGGUGGAGGGGAAAGAGGAAGACGGGUUGAAAGUUGGCGGGAAGGUAAGUAUACGAAAAGGUAAGUGAUGGAUAUGCGAAUUGCGGAGAAUACGGGUUGGUGCGAGCUUGCCUGCGAGACGCAGACCAAUUGGAUCCAAAGCAGUGUCAAAGUAUUCGAGUAGUGACGGGAAUCGUCUUCUGAAUUGCGAGUACGUUUGCUUUCCUCAAGCCACAGUGACGGCACUCGCACCGACAUACUGUGAUGACUUCAGUGUCUUUGG